AAGGGCACUGGUCUCAGAAGGAGAGGUUUGCCCUUUGCAUCCCUUGAAAACAGAACAGCAAAUAGACAACACUUGGAACCUUUGAGUCUUAUAGUCAGUGAUUAACUUGGCUUCUUGAGAAAUUGUACGUGUUGACUUCAAGGAGAAGAGUUGGUGGUGAGCUGAGGCCGAGGCUGUGGAUGAUCAGAAGUGUGGUGUCCUGGUCCAGAAUGCAGAUUCCUGGCUUCUCUUGGAAGUGGUGUGAAUGCUCUCAGGAGGAUGCACUGUCUGUCUGUCACUGCCGGAGGAGUACCCCAUUUCCCUGUCAUUUGCAUGAGCCCAGCUGUUCAAUGAACCAAAAAAGAACUUGCCAGAUGCUUCCUUCCUUCCCUUGUUGUUCUAAUUGAGUCCUGCCCUCCUCUUGCCAAGGCAAACAGCCCAGCCUCGAGUAGGCGUCCCCUAGGCUCGUCUGCCAGCCUGAACAUGAUCACGGGCAAAGCCGAUGGCAGCCAGGGCUCCCCAGGGACGCGGGGCCCCCAGGAGCAUGUCCUCUCAUGAUGCGGGUGCCUGGGAGUGAGCACCAUGCCCAUCACCCAGGACAACGCUGUGCUGCACCUGCCCCUGCUCUACCAGUGGCUGCAGAACAGCCUGCGGGAGGGCGGGGACGGGCCAGAGCAGCGGCUGUGCCAGGCGGCCAUCCGGAAGCUGCAGGAGUACAUCCAGCUGAACUUUGCCGUGGAUGAGAGUGCCGUCCCGCCUGGCCCCAGCCCCCCAGAGAUGGAGAUCUGCACUGUGUACCUCACCAAGGAGCUGGGGGACACGGAGACGGUGGGCCUCAGUUUCGGGAACAUCCCUGUUUUCGGGGACUAUGGCGAAAAGCGCAGAGGGGGCAAGAAGAGGAUAAGCCAGCAGGGUCCUGUCCUGGAUGUGGGCUGCAUUUGGGUGACGGAGCUGAGAAAGAACAGCCCAGCAGGGAAGAGUGGGAAGGUCCGGCUGCGGGAUGAGAUCCUCUCCCUGAAUGGGCAGCUGAUGGUCGGAGUGGAUGUCUGUGGGGCCAGCAGUUACCUGGCUGAGCAGUGCUGGAAUGGCGGCUUUAUCUACCUGAUCAUGCUGCGUCGCUUCAAGCACAAAGUCCAUUCUCCUUAUAAUGGCAACAGUAACAACAGUUCGGAGCCAGGAGAUACACCUAUCCUGGAGCUGGUUGAUCGAACCCCAAAAAAGGCGAAAAGAACAAGAAAGUUUGGGGUCAUUUCCAGGCCUUCUACCAACAAGGCCACUGAAGAAUCCAAGAGCAGCACAGGCUGUGAAUUGGACAGUGACCCCAGCUCUGAACUUGUCAACGGCCCAGACUCUGAACUUGGCAAUGGCUAUGUCUUUGAGCUAGAGAAUGGCCCCAGCACGCUAAAGGAAGUGGCUGGAUCCCACCUGGGGAGGUCAGAAGCAGACAGAGGGACAGAGCAUAAAAUUCCAAAGGCAGAUGCUCCUUUGCCCACAAGCCAUGACAAACGCCGCCUCUCAAAAGCUGGGAAGACGGAUUUCCAAUCAAGUGACUGCCUGGCACGGGAGGAAGUUGGCCGGAUAUGGAAGAUGGAGCUACUCAAAGAAUCCGAUGGGCUGGGAAUUCAGGUUAGUGGAGGCCGAGGAUCAAAGCGCUCACCUCACGCUAUCGUUGUCACCCAAGUGAAGGAAGGAGGUGCUGCUCACAGGGAUGGCAGAUUGUCCUUAGGAGAUGAGCUGCUGGUAAUCAAUGGUCACUUACUGAUCGGGCUCUCCCAUGAGGAAGCUGUGGCCAUUCUUCGUUCAGCCACCGGAAUGGUGCAGCUGGUGGUGGCCAGCAAGGAAAGCUCGGCAGAGGAUCUCCUAAGGUUAACUUCUAAGAGUUUGCCUGACCUGACCAGCUCAGUAGAGGACAUAUCCUCCUGGACCGACAAUGACGACCAGGAGGCAGACGGAGAAGAGGACGCGGGAAACGGCUCGUCUUCCAUCCGGGGAGCAAUGCCUGGGAUAGGCGAGCCCCAAGAUCCCUGUGGCACCGAGGAAUCCAAGGAGAACUCAGAAAGUCCCAAACAGGGCAGCAGUAAAAUGAAGCUCAAGAGUCGUCUAUCAGGGGGUAUACCCCGUUUAGAAUCUGUUGAAGAAUAUAACGAGCUGAUGGUGCGGAACGGGGACCCCAGGGGCAGGAUGUUGGAGGUCUCCCGAGAUGGCCGAAAGCACUCUCUUCCCCAGCUGCUGGACUCGGCUGGAGCAGCGCAGGAAUACCACAUCGUGAAAAAGUCUACCCGCUCCUUGAGCACCACCCAGGUGGAAUCUCCCUGGAGACUCAUUCGGCCAUCAGUUAUCUCCAUCAUUGGGCUAUACAAAGAAAAAGGCAAGGGCCUUGGCUUUAGCAUUGCUGGAGGUCGAGACUGCAUUCGAGGACAGAUGGGGAUUUUUGUCAAGACCAUUUUCCCAAAUGGAUCAGCUGCAGAGGAUGGAAGACUUAAAGAAGGAGAUGAAAUCCUUGAUGUAAAUGGAAUACCAAUAAAGGGCUUGACGUUUCAAGAAGCCAUUCAUACCUUUAAGCAAAUACGGAGUGGAUUAUUUGUCUUAACGGUGCGCACAAAGCUACUGAGCCCAAGCCUGACGCCAUGCUCGACACCGACGCACAUGAGCAGAUCCAGCUCCCCAAACUUCAGCGCCAGCGGAGCGGCCUCAGUGGUGGGCUCCGACGAAGGCAGUUCCUCGUCCCUGGGUCGCAAGGCCCCUGGGCCCAAGGACAGGAUUGUCAUGGAAGUAACACUCAACAAAGAGCCGAGAGUUGGACUGGGCAUCGGUGCCUGCUGCCUGGCUCUGGAAAACAGUCCUCCAGGCAUCUACAUCCACAGCCUCGCCCCAGGAUCGGUGGCCAAGAUGGAGAGCAGUCUGAGCCGCGGAGAUCAAAUCCUGGAAGUGAACUCUGUCAAUGUUCGCCAUGCUGCUUUAAGCAAAGUCCACGCCAUCUUGAGCAAAUGUCCACCAGGACCCGUUCGCCUUGUCAUCGGCCGUCACCCUAAUCCAAAGGUUUCUGAGCAGGAGAUGGAUGAAGUGAUCGCACGCAGCACUCAUCAGGAGAGCAAAGAGGCCGGUUCCUCUCCUGGCUUAGGUACCCCCUUGAAGAGUCCCUCUCUUGCAAAAAAGGACUCCCUUAUUUCUGAAUCUGAGCUCUCCCAGUACUUUUCCCAAGAUGUCCCAGGCCCCUUGUCAGACUUCGUGGUGGCUGGCUCCGAGGACGAGGAUCACCCGGGAAGUGGCUGCAGCACUUCCGAGGAGGGCAGCCUGCCCCCCAGGGCCUCCGCUCACAAGGAACGAGGAAAAGCCAGAGCCAAGAGCCUUGUGGCUCUCGGAAGCCAGCGGGCCUCUGGGCUUUUCCACAAGCAGGUGGCGGUGGCCAGACAAACCAGCCUCCCCGGAAGCCCCCAGGCCCUCCGAAACCCUCUCCUCCGCCAGGGACGGGUGGGCUGCUACGACGCCGAUGCCAGCGAUGAGGAAGAGUUCGAUGGAGAAGGGGACUGCAUUUCACUUCCUGGGGUCCUUGCAGGUCCCAGCGGGCCUCAGACAGAGGACGACUCUAAGCAUGUCUUAACAACCUCUACCAAGGUCCCAGAUGCCAACAACCAAGAGGAACCACAGCAGAAAACACUGGUCAGCAAGGCCACCUCAGCGCCUCUCCUUGGCAACUCACUGGACUCAUUGGAGAGUGUCCCAGGGGACCUGGUGGACAUUCCUUCCCACACAGCCAACCUGCUGGACUCUACAGAGGCCCUCAAGGGUGGUCCUGGCUCUUCCGGGAAGAAAGAACCAUCAGCAUCAAGAAUUUCACCCAAAAUGGAAUACAAAGCCAGUGUGGGCACCAAGAAUCUGAUAAGUACAGAGUGUCUCAGUUCCCCCCAGAGGAAGAAUGAAAACCUGGGGCCCAGGCACAAACCAGUGGCCAGGAUCAGUCCACACUGCACAAGGUCCGAGGCUGAGGUCAGGCCCAGUGGCGCGGAGAUGGGAAACUUGAAUGACGGAGUCAAUGAGUCAUGUGGUCAGGACUGGAAAAUCCAGGCAACCUCCUUAAAGGUGACCGUCCCUGGUUUUCCACCAGGCGGAACUGUGGAGAGGGAACCUCCAGGAAAGGUGACCAGUGGGGGUGGGCGCGUCCCUACAGACGCUGAGCCAGCCGGGGCUCUGUUCCACGGGGAGGCCGGCCGCCCCACAGAGAACCGGCCAGAAGCCGCAGCAGUGCCAGGACAGCAAACUGUAACUGGACUGGGCAGCUCAGCAGACCCCAUGGCUUCCCCGGGGAGGAAGGGGGCCGUCCAUCCCGACCCCAGCAGGACCUCAGUAGAUGCAGGGGGCCUCAGUCUGCCUGUGGACCCCAGCAAGCCAGUGUCACCCACGGUCACCAAUUCCGAAUCCAAGGGCACAUCUCACGUUCAACUCACGCCCGACAGCAGUGUGUCCCCCGGGAAGAAGGCAGCGGCUCCUGCUGACUCGUGCAAGAUUCGAGCAGCCCCAGAAGCCAGCUCCCCUGACAGCACCAGGAAGGCAGCUCCCCGCAGCGGAGUGGACCCCAACACGGAGGGCGCUCCCCGAGCUGGUGCCACCCUAUCACGAGACCCCGCCCCAUCCCAGGAGAGGAGGCAAGCAGUUCAAGGAAGCCCCAGCAAGGCUUUGGAAACAGCUGAAAUCCAUGCACCUGGAAACUCCAGGGAGUCCGCUCUGCUCUGGGGAACAGAUUCCGGGUCUGAGAGGGCCCCGCAGGCUGGCCCCUCCCUGCCACCCACCGACAAGACCCAGGAGGCGGGUGGUGAUGUCUUAGCACACUGCUGUCCAGGACAAAGUGGAGAGAGCCCUGUGAAUGACAUCGACAGGUUCAUCAAUUUGCUGGGUGCUUCCGAAGCCAGCUUCCAGUCACCUCAGAAAGGGGACCACGUGGGUCAAGAAGGCCCCUGCGGCACCCAGCCAGUCACUGGGGAACGAGCCCCCUCCUCGCCUUCCCCACAGUGGGCCUCCCAGCCUUCAGUGUUGGAUUCAAUUAAUCCCGAUAAACAUUUCACUGUGAACAAGAACUUUCUGAGCAACUAUUCCAGAAAUUUUAGCAAUUUUCACGAGGACAGCACGUCCCUGUCGGGCCCGGGCGACAGUACCGACCCGUCCCUCUCAUCCAUGUAUGGAGACGCUGAGGACUCGUCGUCCGACCCCGAGUCGUCCGCGGAACCCCCACGUGCCUCUGCCAGGGACAGCUGGUCACCACCUCGUUCUCGGGGGUCACUUCACCAGGAGGAUACCACGGAGUCUGAGGAGGAGCAAAUUGAAAUUUGCGCCAUGAACGGUUACCCCUCGACCACAGCUUGUCCGCCCGCCCAACCUGCGCCCCACUCCGCUUUAGCCAAAGUUCUGCCAUUCAAGCCAUGUGCCCCAAGUGACUCGGCAGGAAACCCCCAGGAGAGCACCUCCUUCAGGCCAGGAGCCUCACACCCUUCAAUCCCUAACCCUUCUCAGCCAUUUUCACUCCUCGAGAGAAGCUCUCAGGAGCAUUUGAAUCGUAUUUCCCCAGGCCACCAGCCCUUGCGUGGAGAAAAAACUAAAGAAGUUGCCAGGAGAGACACAGCUUUGGAAAACGGUCAGCCUUCUGGCAUCGCCAGACAUUUUCACCACCCCCCAGUGACUCUCUGCUCUCCCAACCUGGUGAAUGGUUCAGAACAUGACUUGCUCGAUGAUGAAACCUCAAAUGCUAAACAGGAAACAAAGAUUAAUGCAACUGAAAAUCAGUCUUCCUUAAGUAUGGAUACCCCUAAGAAUGGAGAGCCUGUUUUGGCAAACCUACGCAUCUCUGAAAAUCAAGAUCUGGAAGACUUGCUACAGAAACCAAAAAUGAUCUCCAGGAGGCCCAUAAUGGCCUGGUUUAAAGAAAUAAAUAAAAAUAGCCAAGGUGGGCCUUUGCAGAGCAAAACUGAAAAGGAGCAGUCCACGUUGCCAACCAGAAGUCCUGACACCAAAAUUCAGAUGUUGAACUCAAGCCACAAAAAGGGGGUGGCUGUGCCAAAUAGCCCUCCACAGCUGAAAACAAAUCUGGAAAAUAAAGACCCACCUAAAAAAAGUUCAGUAGAAACGCUUUUAAGCAACUGUCAGAAGGCCAAAUCUGGUCCUAAACUGAAGAGACUCAGCAUCAAAUGUAAAAGCAAAGCCAAUUCCGAGGCUCCUGCUGCUGUUAGUGCUAAGUCUGGUGGGACGGACACCAGGAAACCCUUUAUUUCACCCCAGAACUCUCACAAAAUGCUUUCUAAGGUAGCCUCACAUCGGUUCCACAUGGCCGUCCUUGAGGAAAGAAAUGCCACGGCCACCCCCAAGGUUCCCACAUGUGUGCUGGAGAGCAAGCCAUCCCCUGCUGCCCCUGGGUCACUGAAGCCCUCGGCCUCCGACACAGGCUUCCGAACAGUAGCGUUGCCCCUGACCUCCCUGACCAAGACUCUUUCUGAGCAGGGCGCAUGUAGUAGGUUCCACACAGCUGUCCCGUCAGAACCCGACAGAAGUUGCCCAGCCACCCCCAAACCUCCUAGGUGCGGACCAGAGAGCAAAGCCCCUCCUGCUGCCUUGGGGUCAGGGGGUCUUGCGGCACCAGAUGGCAGCCUGUCCAUAGCAGGGAACAGGUGCGAGAUUCAACCUCCCAGGCAGACUGAGCUCCACACGUCCGGCCAAACUGAUGCAGCAGCAGAAGCAGCCCAACCCGGGGUGACGGGCGACAAAGGAAGCAAAAUAACUGCUGGCAAUCCCCUAGAAAGAACAAACCAGCUGACAAUAGUUGAAAUUGCUUCUGAGAGAAUGCAGGAGAAUGCGUGCAGUGACAAGCCAGCGGAAAGCGACAGGCAGGGAGCGCUCAUGGCCCAGCACAACUGUCAGGAGAAAGGCGAAACCAGACUCUGCCACCAGCCCGUAGACUCAUCCCCCAAUUAUCCAUCCUCACGCACCCCUCAAGCCUCCCAGGUCGACCAGGAAAUGCAGCGAUCUCUCAGUGUGGCGAAACUGGCCUCCUCCUCCUCCCCCCAACUGCCUGCUAAAAAGCCAGAGUCCUCGGAGGGAAAAACAAGCCCAGUGUCAGAAUCCCAAGGGAUGCUCAAGGAUGCCAUUCCCACGGGCAUCCCGGCGGGUGACCAUCCCUACUUCGUGCCCAGGCCGGCGACCAGGACCUACUCCAUGCCAGCCCAGUUCUCCAGCCAUUUUGGACAGGAGGAUCCCUCCCGCCACCGCCCAUCUCACUGGGACAGCCAGCUCCCCGGGUCCGGCGAUGGCCUCCUGGAGACAAAGGCAGCCAAAGGCGGCGUUCUUGGCCUGGUUAACAGGCAGGGCGUAUAUAGUGUGAAGCCCCUGCUGGAGACGUCGCGGAACCUCCCAACAACCGACAAAGGAGGUGCCCUUUCAGUGCAGGAUGCAAGCUGCCCAGCCAGAGAGAAAACCAAAGUCAUCAGAAGGCAUUACUACUAUGAGCAGAACUGGCCCCAUGAAUCUACCUCAUUUUUCUCGGUGAAGCAGAGGAUCAAGUCCUUUGAGAAUCUGGCCAACUCUGACCGCCCUGCAGCAAGGUCCAGUGCUUUUCCCACUCUGUCAGUCAGCGCCAAGCCUCCCAUCGGGAGACGCUCGUCAGGCAGCAUUCCCUCGGGGAGCCUCGGCCACCCCGGUGAUGUGGCAAGGUCCUUGAGGCGAAGCCUGAGCUCCUGCAGCGAAAGCCAAAAUGAAGCUGGCACCCUCGGUCCCCAGAUGACCAAGUCCCCUUCCAGCACGGCUCUGACAGUCGCCCGAGAGGAUCCGGUGGAGACCAGUAGCAAGGGCCCUGAUGUGGACCAAAAGAAAUCAGGCGAUCCUUCAGGAAUCCCCAUGCCCACGGUGACCCCAGCAUCCCCCAUCAAGAGGAACAAGUCCUCGGUGCGCCAUGCCCAGCCCUCGCCCUUAUCCCGCUUGAAGCUGCAGGAACUAAGAGCCUUGAGCAUGCCGGACCUCGACAAGCUCUGCAGCGAGGACUAUGCAGCAGAGCCAACUGCCGUGCUCUUCAAAACCGAGCUGGAGAUUGUCCCCAGGAGGGUGCCCGGCUCCCCUGCUGGAGGCCUUUCAGGUCUUGAUGGAUCCACUGCCCUUUGGUGUCUUGCCAAGGACGGGAACACGGCGUGUCCAGGAGGAAGCAGCCCAGAAACCAGUGAUCCUGGAGCGCCUAGUUCAGUCAAUGAUGUGGGGGAGUCAACCCAGGAUCUGUCCUCGGGAAGAAGCUGGUCGGUUAAUUUGGAUCAACUUCUAGUCUCCACGGGGGACCAGCAAAGAUUACAGUCUGUUUUAUCAUCAGUGGGGUCAAAAUCGACCGUCCUAACUCUCAUUCAGGAAGCGAAAGCACAAUCAGAGAAUAAAGAAGGUGUUUGCUUCAUAGUCUUGAAUAAAAAAGAAGGCUCAGGUCUGGGAUUCAGUGUGGCAGAAUCAACAGACGUGGAGGCAAAAUCAGUCAUGGUCCACAGGGUGUUUUCUCAGGGGGUGGCUUCUCAGGAAGGGACCAUGAAACCAGGCGAUUUCCUCCUGUCAGUCAAUGGCGCCUCGUUGGCGGGCGCAGCCCACAGGGAUGUCCUGAAGGUUCUGCACCAGGCACAGUUGCACAGAGAUGGACUUGUGGUCAUCAAGAAAGGAAAGGACCAGUCCAGGCCCUCCACCAAGCAGGAGCCUCCCACAGCCAAUGGGAAGGGGUUGCUGUCCAGAAAGAACACCGUCCUGGAGCCUGGGUUUGGAAGGAACACCACCGCACAUGAUGCUCUGUGUGUUGAAGUGCUGAAGACCUCUGCUGGGUUGGGGUUAAGUCUGGAUGGAGGAAAAUCUUCUAUGUCUGGAGAUGGGCCUCUGCUCAUUAAAAGAGUAUACAAAGGUGGUGCAGCUGAACAAGCUGGAACAAUAGAAGCUGGAGACGAAAUCCUCGCCAUUAAUGGGAAACCCCUGGUUGGGCUCAUGCACUUUGAUGCCUGGAAUAUUAUGAAGUCUGUCCCAGAGGGACCCGUACAAUUAGUCAUUAGAAAGCACAGAAAUUCUUCAUGAAACAAGCAUUAGUGCUUGUUACAUUUUUAAACAAGAAUCUGCUUUUCUCAAGUUCCCUUCUUACUUUAGCAAAUCAGAGUGACUUCUUUCAAUAUUGGGAUCCUGAAGCAACUAAGAAACAGUGGUGUAGACAAGGAUUAUAAAAAUCUCCAAGUUUUUACUUGCACGUGAAGCCUGACAUGUGGUGUGUGCAGCAGCAAUGAAGCUAAACUCUGGAAGCCAUCCUCCUGGAUCAGUGAGGCUUGGAAGGUCCAUUUUGUUGCCGUGACUCUCCCCAACCUUUUCUAUUUGCUGACGGAAGUGCAAGCUGUGACUUUCCCAUCAUUUGAAACCGAGCAGGACUUUUGCAUCCCUCUUGCCACCUCUCCCUAAAUGCCCAAUGCUGAUUAGGGAGCUUAGCAAGCAGGGUCUGAGGGGCACCACAGACAUCACAUCUGAAAGGACAAUAGUAUAAUAGAAUUUUGUAAGUAAAUAACAGAAUGCUUUUAGGCACAUUCGCGGGAAGGAGGAGCUGUAGGUUUGUAUACAUUACCCUGAAAAGAAAAUGAGACGUAAAGAAAGUGAAUUAUGACCUAAGUGUAGGGUUCAGCUCAGGAAUUAUCCAAAAAUGAAAAAAGCAAAACCAGAAAUAUUUUUCGGUGAGUGUAAUGCUUUAUGUACAAUGCAGAACUCAGAUCAGUGGAGUUACUGAUGACCACGAAGUGUGAGCCAUUUUCUUUCUCUAAAAAUUUACGUUAGCAGGCUGGUUCACAGAAUAGCAGUUCCUGCUAAACAACCAUGAAUUUCCUUUCUCAGAACGAGCACAAAGUCCCAGAUCUGAAAGCACCUUGCAUCUAGUUUGCUAGCUUGUCUUUAGUGAGUGAAUUUGAGACUACUCCACACAAGUUAGCAAAAAUAUCACAAUCAGUGGAUUUCCAUUUCUGUAUUUUAUGCUCUCCAACCACUAAUUUAAACUAAACUUUUAGACUUAAAUAUCUUUUCAGUGUCCUUAGAUUUAUAAACCUAGGCAUUAUAUUUGCAGCCCAAAUAGAAGAGCUUAAAUAAUUCUUUCAGAGGACUUAUUUUGUUUGGUUGUUUUUUCCCCUUUCCCAACAUGCUUAAGAAAUGUAAUGUUUCUAAGUACUGGGUCUCAUUUCUUGCUCUGAGUAUAAUGACACAGUUCUGCGGGUCCUGAAGUUUUUGUUUUCCUGCUUUUGCAAAUUCCUCCUUUCGCCAAAAAUGUUUCCCUGCUGAAGACUGCUGUAACAGUCACUUGUCCUAGUGCUCCUCCUUCCAAAGCAUGAGCUUUAUAGUAGCCAUUCCCAUUUGAUGUGCUGUUCAUUGUCACAAAAUUGACCUCCUGCUGUACCUUCUUUUCUCAGAUAAACUCCAAACCCUCCUCAGCUUCAUUUACCAAAAUGCAAUAAGGAGGAGGAAAAUGAAACAGUCGAUCCUGUUGACUUUCUUUACCUAUUCCUUCAAGGUAAAGAAGCAGAACUAUGUGGUUACAACUCAAAUCCUUGGGUGGCACAGGAUAACUGAUACGUGCCAGGGAUACACUGCAUUCCUUGUACUGCACACACAAUGCCAGUAAGAUUUUAUGCUGAAUAUAUCUUUAAAAAAAGAACUCAGAUGUCAUUAAUCCCCUGGACCAUGGAGGAGCUUGAGCUGUCACCCUUUGUUUACCAUUUUGCAAGUGACCAAUCCCACUAAACCCACAGAGGCCCCUCACAUGGACGUGAAGUAUGUGGCUUACCUAAACCCAGCUCUCUCAUUUUAUAACAGGGUAGAAUGAAGUACAGGAGCUAGAAAGACCUUAUUAAUUUAGCGUCUACUUUUCACUAAGAUUACAGGUAGGAUACUAUAGGAAGUCAGUGCAAGUUGCAUGCUGGAUUUUUUUUUUUUUUCUUAAGUGUCUGGGGUCAGUUUCUUAGUUUCUGCUUUCUUGCCUAAAUGACAAGAGACUAUUUGAAGUCAACAAUGAAAAUUUUCUUGCCUCCACUCUUACAGCUGUGCCUCCUAUUGAGAAAUGCAUGGUGAUAUGUGAACAGCCUGGAAUUUCUAGAGCAAUGUGGAGCAAUAGACUGGUCUCUGCUGAGGGUCCCUAAUCCUCAUAUCUGAAGAGUACAGGGUAGACCUUUUGCUUACUAAACUAUGUUAAAGUCAUCAGCCAUUUCUGCUACAUCUUCCCAUAAAGGUUCCCUGGCUGAUGGAAUUUAAGGGAAGAAGCAAAAAGCUAUACUGUCUUUGACCCUAAAAUUGUCUUCAAAUUCACCCUAUUUAUUUGUCAUCAGUGUUCAAGGCAUGACUAGUAUUUCUCUAAUUAGUCUAGUAAGUUCCCACACUGCCUGAAGUGAAUACUAAUGGUAUUGUCCUGCUAAAACUUGCAUUGUUUGGGGUUUUUAACUAGUCAGCCAUUCACAAUAAGCUAUGAGGGUAAAUAUGUGUUAUAACAUGUUAAUCGUAGUUGCAAGAAUAUACCGUGACGGUUGAAGUAGGUUGGGUUUCAUUUCCAUCCUCCAAUUCACCUAUCAUUUAAUUUGAUGGUUGACUUAAUUGGCACCACACUUGUUGUAUGGUAUUAUACAUUAUCCUUUAUUUAUGUAAAGUAAAAUGCCUUAUAUAUUAUUAAAGAGUAAGUGCAAUAAUAUGAAAUAGCCUGUACAUUUUUAAAAUGUCACCAGGUUAUGUAAAUCCACAUCUCUGUAAACAGUCUUUUUUUAAGUAAUUUUAAAAAAUAAACAUUCUGCUUAGUA